AGUAGCGCUACUUUAAUGGUACCCAGCCAACUCUAAACUGGGCCACGUUCCGUUCAACUGAUACUUAGGAUAACCCUUUGAUUUGUAAAGUCCAAACGUCACGUCCCCUGUGUGUAAACGCUGGUCUCUGCCCGCUAAGCGUCGACAUGGACUCCUACCACGUCUUGGAGCUGGCGGGAGAGGGCUCGUUCGGGCGAGUUUACAAGGGAAGGAAACGAUUUACUGGCCAAGUGGUGGCUCUGAAGUUCAUGCCCAAGGUGGGUCGUUCUGAAAAGGAGCUGCGAAGUCUCAGGAGAGAGAUUGAGAUCAUGAGGGGUCUUGAACAUCCCAACAUUGUUCAACUCUUUGACAGCUUUGAGACUGAAACUGAGGUUGUGGUUGUGACUGAGUAUGCAGAGGGUCACUUGUUUCAGAUCCUUGUGGAUGAUGAGAAGCUACCAGAGAGUCAGGUCCGUGAGAUCGCCUGCCAGCUGGUCUCAGCUUUGUAUUAUUUACACUCCCAUCGCAUUCUUCAUCGUGACAUGAAACCGCAAAACAUCCUGUUGGGAAAAAGUGGUGUGGUGAAACUCUGUGACUUUGGGUUUGCCAGGGCCAUGAGCGUCUCCACCAUGGUGUUGACUUCCAUCAAGGGAACGCCACUGUACAUGUCUCCCGAGCUGGUGGAGGAGAAGCCGUAUGACCACACUUCUGAUCUCUGGUCUCUGGGAUGCAUCCUUUAUGAACUCCACACGGGGGCUCCCCCUUUCCCCACAACCUCCCUUUUGCACCUGGUGCAGCUUAUAGUUAAAGACCCAGUCAAAUGGCCCGGCACCAUGAGCGACACCUGCACGAGUCUCUUGAAAGGUUUGCUGACCAAAGACCCUCAGAAGCGGUUGUCGUGGCCAGACCUCUUGCAUCAUCCCUUUGUUGCUGAUGGUGUUUUAGUGUUAUUAGACACCGGCGUUUUCUGCCCUCUGACUGUCACCCCAAGCCCGGACAUGAUGGCCCUGAAACUUCAGCAAGUGGCAGCCAAGACGGUACAGAAUCCUGGAGAGAGCAUAUUAUUGCAGAAGGCCAGGGAACAGACAGACAGUGGCAAAACAAGGAAACCAGGAGGCGGCGACAUCGCAAAAAAAAUGAAGGAGGGAGCGGGAAAUGAAAGGGUCAAUUAUGCGACGCCAGCAGCAUCCCAGAGUGCCGCCGGUGUCUCUGUUACAGCUGCCAAUCAAAGCCCACGACCAAAACGUCAAGCCCGCGCGAAAUCCAAACACAGGGGUCAGAUUAGCAGGGACUACGAACGGGAAUUUCCCUCUGUGGCGAUUGGGCCGCGAUGCGAUGCAGACAGACAGACCACACUGCACAGGCAGGAUGUUGACGGUGAGGACUAUUGGGAGAUACUGGCCCAACAAUCAGAUCCCAACAGGCAGCAGAAUGAACUAUUAAAUUACAGUGCAAUUAUGCUUCAACUUAAAGCCAAGAUCCUGGAGUUUGAAGCUCAGCUAACAGGAGGCGUUGUGAGGGAACCGUGGCGGAUUCACCUCCCGUUGAAGGUCUUACACAACCUGAUUCUGACCUCUGACCUUGAGCAGUCGCAGCAGUUUGUCCAUGAACUCGGACUGCCUCGCGUCCUCUUCGACCUCGUCCAACAUGCUGUGAACAACUCGCAUUUCAUCAAGCGACCAUGGAGCGUCGGUGCAUUUGGAGAAAUGAUCCUUGUGCUUAUAAUCUACUGCGAGAAGCAUUGUGACUGGGUGAAAGAAGAGCAGAGUCUAGAGGAAUUCACCAAGCCUUUCAUCACAAUCCUCAGUCAACCAAACCUCAUUCCUUUGGCGCAUCUGGCCGCCUCUGUUUUGUCUCUGUUAUUACAACACGAUGUUCAAGUCAAAGUGGAUAUGGACGAUCUAACCUCCUUACUGAGGAAACUGCUCUUGGACUCAAAUGAGCCCAAACUUCCUCUUCCCUGUGGCAUUGGUCUGUGUGACGGCCUGCUGUCUUUAGUCCUGCACACCCUCUCUGAGCAUGAAAAUAGCUCCAGAUCUUUGGAUCCAGGGCUGUUUCUGGAUCUAUGGAAAGGCAUUGGCGGUUCACUAGCACGGACGACACCUGGCACAGGCUUCUGUUCGCCAAAUGGGCUUCAUUCCUUUCUGUCCACUGCGCUGUUUCUCUUCACCAAGGAUCCACACUCAUGCAUUGCUGUGUUUUCCAAGCCUGAAUCCAAAUGCGUAUACACGCUUGGUCAGCUCCUGGAUGCCGACUGCCUGCAUCUGUUUGCUGACGGCGUCCCUGGGAGACUCGAGGUGGAUCUGAGUCAUGACAGCCUGUCUGUGUUGAGCUGCCACCUGCUGUGCUUCCCGUUUGCCCUGGACCUGCCUUCAGACGCCACGUCGGCCAUUUUACAGUUGUAUGACGCUUGUGGAAUAGUGGCCGGCCUCCUGCAGGUAAUUGAAACUCUUCCUCCCCCGCUGUUGGAGCUGCCUCUCUCCCUGCUGAGCCGCUUGCUCCUGUGUGACCCCCAACGCUCCGCCAGCCGCCUCGGAGAAGCAGACUGUAGCUUCUUGGCGCCGCCCGGGGACGGCCUGCUCGCUGCCUCCCAACACCAGACUCCGCUGCCCAGGACAGCCAGCUCGCUGCUCUCUGACCUGCUGCAGCUAGAGAUGUGGUGGGAUUCUGCCGUGGAGCUCUUGACUCUGUUGUCCCAAAUAGCCCGGUGUUGCCCGUGGCUCCACCUGGAAGCCCCGGCACUGCACCGGGCGCUGGCUCACCCCCAUGACCCGAUCAGAGCCGCCGCGUGCAGGCUCCUCGGAAAUAUAGACCCAUUCAGGCCUCCUGCGCUUCACACCUGGCAACCUGACACUUUCAAAAGCAUGACAGACCGUCUUCAUGAUUCCUGCCUUCCCGUCCGACGCGGGGCUUGCAGGGCGGUUGGGAACUGGUUGGGGCACAUGGCGGCAGCGGCCGGCGAUGAAAUGGGUGGCUCGGAUGAAACGGGCGUUGACACUGCGGCGAAGGCCCAGGGCGAGGCAGAAGGAGAAGUGGCUACUGUGCUAGAACAGCGAUGGGACGAGGAGGAGAGACGCGGUUGGGCAGAGGAGGCCGGGAGGGCGGUGGUCAUGCUGACGUCUCUGAUCCGCGACCCCGAUGCCCUCACACGCCGCCACUGUUGCGCGGCCCUGGGAAACGCGCUGGUGGCCAAUGGGGCUGUCUCCCCGUCGUUGGCAGAAGAGGCGUCCAGCUUGCUUCUGGGAGCCGCAUGCACGGAUGCCAACGAUGCAGUGAGACAAGCUGCCGUGGCGACCCUGUGCCUGUACAGCGAGCGCGAGGAAAUGCGUCAGGUCCUGAGAUCCCUCGGUGCCAGUGAGAAACUUCUUCAGGCUUCACGCCAUUCACCUCCACUAUGUGACUACCGUCAGCUCAUGGGACAGCUGGGAGUCCAGUUAAAUGGGAAUGACGGCAGGUUUGAAUGUCAUGCGUAAAUAGUUAUUCUCCUUCCUUACGGUACAAGCGUACUCUGUUUCUGAGCAGUUUAGUAGACGACUACAGUCAGUAGCAUUUCCCGUUAUACUUCUUUUUAGAAAGUGUUUCAUUUUUUACAUAAAGAUUAUACGUCCGUGUACAUGGCAUCCUAAUGUUGGAUAUAAAAUAACUUCCUUGGAGUUGUUGCUAUAUGUGAUGAAAAGAAAAGAAAAUGUGUUUUGUUUCUGAUGUUUCAUUUAAUGACACUGCUGUUCACAUUUCGGGAGAAAAAAAAAAUGCAGCUAAAAUUCCCUUUUCUUUGUCAUUUUCAUACUUCCCAGUUCUAAACACGACCAGUUGUUGUAAGGGCUACAAAUAAAGCUUUGCUUUAAAAUGAUUUCUCUUCAAUCAUAUUACCCAGGUUGUAGUUUUUGUAUCAUUUUGGUUGAGUUCAGGUAGUGCCCGUCAUUUCAAGUUGAGAAGUCGUCUAUAUGUGUGUUAGGACCUUCGGGGGCAAAAAAAUGUACGAUAAAAACAACAUCGAUUUUUUUUUGGGGAGGGG